AUGUCUUACUCUCGGUCUCCACCUCGCUCACCGUCCUCUCCGCAGGAGGAUUGGCUGCUGAGAGGGCCUCAAUCUGCAAAGACCUACUCUACCAGCUCAUCUCGCUCUUAUUCGCACGCAUCGCGUUCGCAAUCACUGGCAUCUGCAUCCAGCAGAGCAUUCAGCACAACCAACUAUGAAGGAACAGCAAAGACCUACUAUGUGGAAUUGAAGAGCUAUCUCAAAGAAGUACUAGCUCAGGAGGCAAUGGAGGGUCCACAUCCACACAGAGUGGCUGCUCGACAAAAGCUGACCAGACUGAGCAACCUUCAGUUCCAUGAAUUGGCCAUGGAUGUCUAUGAUGAAGUCGUUCGACGCAACAAGAAUGAUAAGUUUUUGCCCUUCCUCGCUGUCAAAGAGGAAUUCCAUCCCAAGAGGAAUCAAGCAAGACAAAAACUAGCUACAUUACCUGUAGCCAGAUUCCAAGAUUUAGCUAGCGAUGUGUAUUCAGAGCUAACGAGAAGAUAUCCAAAUUUAAUCGAGAAUGAGGAUACCUACAGCCAUCUUCCACCUAUUCCUAAAAUACCUGCAUCACCUACCUACAGCAAUACCCCGCAGCCUAGUCAAUCCACCCAUAUUGUGCCUGUCAAGGGCAUGAUCAAUGUUGAACAUGUGGUGGACAAUGACACGGAGGAGGAGGAAACUAAAUACAAUAGAUCACCUACUUCUCCAGCCGUAGCAGCCAUCAAAGAGCCCAAAGACUACUUCAGUCGAUCCACGGCUCCGUUAAAGAAUGAAGGCUACCAUCAACCGAGUGAUAUCGAAAAAAUCAAGUCAGACUACGAAUACCAAAUCAACGUGAUGAUGAGUCGAAUCAAGCAACUGCAGGAUCAAGUAGAUGAUACAUCAUCCAACAAGGCAGACAAGGACUUGGUGGAGAAGCUUCAGAUGCGAGAACAAGAUGAUCAGAAAAUGAUCCGUCAAAUGGAAGAACAAUACAAAAAGCUAAACGACAAGUACGAGGCGUUGAACCGUGAGUAUAGCCAGCAACAAGAAGCAGUGCAAAAUGUGAAAAAGGAGACAAAACAGAUGCUGGACGAACUAAAGCGACUUGCUAAAGUCAAUGAGGAGCUGUACACUGAAAAGGAAAAGGCUGAAAACACAAUCAACCAACUAAAGGAAGAGGCAAAAGAGUGGCAAAUCAAGUAUGAAAAAGCGCGUAUUGAGUUACGAAGUAUAAAAGCCUCAUCCAUGAUCGACUUGGAUCAAAGCCAAAACAUCAUCAAGGGCAACUUUCUCCAACCGACGCGAAAUGGUGUGAUUCCUCAAGAUUAUGUUCUGACCUACCAAGCCUAUGUCAAUGAUCUACUAACAGCUGCAAGAUCAAACGAUCCAUCUCAAGUCAUCCAAGUCAUGAAGAAUAUGGUGACAGUGUGCAGAUCCAUCUCAGAGGAGAUAGAGAACCAAGAAGACGUAUUGUCUACAGAUACCAAGAAAGCGCUCUACGAGUUAAAGACUACUUUUUCCAAUUCCUUGUCUGACUUGCUCGUGGCAGCCAAAUACCAUGCAAGCGGUAUGGGCCUGAGCCCUGUCAGUUUGCUCGAUAGAUCUGCUGGCCAUUUGACGUCUGUGAUUGUAGAACUGGUCAAGCUUCUAGGCAUGAAUAGUGCUCUCCCUACAUCGAAACCAAGUGCUUCGGCUGCUGCAUCGCCUACCGACAACAAGAUAACCACGUCCACUAUCCUAGCAUCCUUGAACGAUGAUGCGUAUGGAAGCAAACGAUCAGACAACAACAGCUACUAUAGUGCCAUGUCGAAUGGUAGAUCCAAUGGCUCCAUGAGCAAUCGUAACAAUAGCGGCACAGCGUCUAAAGGCGACGACAUGGCAAGACCCCCUGUGAGGUCUGGAUUAGACUCAUUCACAGGCUACAAGAGUAGCAAUAGCAACAGCAUGUAUUCUUCAAAGAAAUACAGAGAGCAAGACGACUUGAGUCCGAGUGAGCUUGCUAAAUACCUUAAAACUGAAACUGAUCAUAUUGUACAAACCAUCCAAAACCUACUGGCUGCUCUCAGACUGCCUCAACAAAACGGUGAAGCGCACGGUAUCAUCAGCGCGCUACUGAAAAUUGUAGCUACUAUAUCAGAGCUCUCCAAAGCAACAUGUCAAACAACACAAGGUUACCGAUACAGGAAUGAGUGCGAUCCCGUGCUGAACCAGCUCAGUCAAUGCUCGCAACGUAUCAGUAUGAUCCAAGCAAAAUACUUUGGUAGAGGAGCCAUGGCUACAGCAAACGCGAAACGAGAUCUCGCCAAAGAAGCGUAUGAAGUGGCUAAAUUUACCAAGGAACUCAUUACAUUGUUUGAAUCCUGA